AUGUUAUAUUUACCAAAUGAUGUACCUAAUGGCUUGAUAGGACUUCAAACGCAAAAAGGUCAGGAAAUGUUAAAAGAAACUACAAUCUUGAAUGAAAAUUUUAUUAAAAAAGAAAUGAAGGAGCAUAACAGAAAUUACUCCGGACCAGCCUCCCUUGCUUUUGUAAUCAAUGCCUUAUCUGCAAUGCAACAUGUAAAAUUUACUGAAGAAAUGUUAAACGAAAAUGACAUCAUUUUUGCUGAAAAAAAUGGAGUCAACAACUUCUUUCAAAAAAUAAAUGUCGGAAAGAAUGGAGUAACUCUUGAUGAUCUUUCAUAUGCUGCAAUGCUACUUGGAUUUGGUACUCAUUCUUUUUAUGCUCUUCAUACAAAUGAAAGUAAUUAUGAUGAGUCUAAGUUAAAAUCUCUCUUAAAAGAGAAGAAAUGGGAGACUUCGUUGAUAGAAACUGAAGAAAAAUUUCGUGAAGAAGUCAGAGAUUAUAUAAAAAGACCUGUUACAGGGUUAAUUGCAAAUUUUAACAUGAGCAAACUUGGCUAUGAUGCAGACUUUUGUCAAUUUAGUCCAAUAGCAGCUUACCAUGAAAAAGAAGAUAUGUUUUUAAUAAUGAAUGUUUGGCCAUAUACACCUUCUGCAUGGGUUAAAACAUCACUGUUGUUUGAUGCCAUGUCUUCAAUUGAUACUGGUUCAAAUUUACCACAUGGUUUUCUACGCAUCAAUGUUCUUGUGUAA